UUGUCGCUGGAGGUGUUCGCGUGUUGUGAUCGCUGGAAGUGUUCGUUAACUGUUUGUUUUGGUCAGGAGAGGAACAGACUGCAGUGUUGUGACUAUUGGACCGCCUCCCGUCAAAAUGGGCCGUCGGCGCGGGCCAAACCGUCUGGUGAAUGAGGCCCAGGUUAGUGAGGAGCUGAAGAUUACCAUAGCCCUGGCACUGAAGAAACUCACUCAAAAUGAUGACCAGAAAGAGUUGGAGUUACCAUCAUCCCUCACAUCAGAGGAGAGGAAAUACAUCCAUUUUUUGUCGCAGCAGAUGGGCUUCAAGAGCAAAAGUCGAGGGAAAGGCUCCUCCCGCUACCUGACAGUGUACAAGAAAGAGGGAUCAACCAUUAUGAGCAGUGAGGCUGUGGUUAGUCUGGCUGAUCCUACUCGCUCCACCAUCUUAGGCCUCCUGCAACGCUGCCCGGUCACCAACAAGGAGCGACAGGACCUUCUGCCAGCCACUGAGAGAGACCGACUUAUGAAUCCUGAGUUAAGAGACCUCAGUGUAUUACGAUCCUUGGGCCGUCUGACGCCCGGGCCGCCACAGAUUCCGCCGCCGCCAAGUCUCAGCGAUCUGACGGCAGAGGCGAGGAAGUUACCUAUAUGGAACAUGAGGGACCAACUCCUUGCCGCCGUUCACCACAACCAGGUCAUCUUGGUGUGUGGAGAGACUGGAUCUGGCAAGACAACUCAGGUACCACAAAUGCUACUCCAAGAAGCCUCGUCAUUGGGGAAGCCUUGUCGUAUAUUUUGUACACAGCCUCGAAGAAUUUCAGCACUAACUAUUGCAGAGAGAGUGGCAGCAGAGAGAGGAGAGAAAGUGGGGUAUACAGUUGGCUAUCAGAUCAGACUGGAAAGCAAGUUAUCACCGAAGACUCUGCUGACCUUCUGUACCAACGGAGUUCUACUACGUACCCUGAUGGGGGGCGACUCUUCCCUUGCCAGUGUGACGCACAUCCUCGUCGAUGAGGUCCACGAACGAGACCGAUUCACAGACUUCCUCCUGUUAGUGCUACGAGACUGCCUCCCCAAGUUCCGGCACCUUAAACUUCUUCUCAUGUCCGCUGCGCUGGAUGUUAAUCUCUAUGCCAAGUACUUCAACAACUGUCCAGUGAUCGAUGUUCCUGGAAGGUGUUACUCAGUGAAGGAGUAUUACUUAGAAGAUGUCUUGAAAUACACCAACUACCAAACUCCAGAGAUGGUGAAGGCUUCCAAGGAACUGGAUCAACGGCAGAGUGGACAGAAGACCGCUGCAGCGUGGACGCAGCAAAUGUCGCAGCAGAUUCUCUGUGAUAUGUCUGGGGCAGCUGCUGUCACCUCACCCAACAGGUCAUUUAUUGCCAGUCAAGCAAAAAAUUACGAGUUGGACAACACAUUGAAAGAAGAAAUGGACCAGUGCAUCCAGGAAGCUUUCCUCAAUGGUUCAGAUGAAGCUUUCUCCCAGAUGAUGUACCUGAUCAUGUCAGAGAAUGUCUCUCCAGACUAUCAGCACUCAGAGACUUGGGCGACCCCUCUCAUGGUUGCUUCUGGCCGAGGUCGCGUGGACAUAGUGGAGCAGCUUCUAGCCCUUGGAGCAUCUCUCACCUUGCGAGCUGCUAAUGAUUGGACCGCUGCCAGUUGGGCCAAUUCUACUGGCCAACAAGAAGCUUUAGAUUUACUACAUGCAUACAGUGCUUGUGAAGGUGUGGAUCUGUUGUCCCUGACUGGUAAAGGUAGUCCUGCUCCAAACAAGGGAGGUCUACGAGGCUCCACGCCAGCUGCACCGCCUGCUGAGCUUAGCCUGGAGGACAAGAGGAUGUUGGACUCUUACCACCACUCGGUGUCUGAUGAGGUUGUUGACAUUGACCUGGUCCACUCACUCUGCUACAAGCUUCACACUGCUCAGCCCCCAGGUGCUAUUCUCAUCUUCCUGCCGGGGUACGACGACAUAGUCACCCUGAGGGACCGCAUCAUCGCUGAGGAGAAACAGUAUCUCGUAGGGGGCAAAUACUGUCUCUUUUGUUUACAUUCUAGUAUGCAGUCAAGCGACCAGAAGAGAGUGUUCCGGUCUGCACCACCAGGGGUCCGGAAGAUCAUACUGUCCACCAACAUCGCCGAGACCAGCGUGACCAUCAAUGACGUCGUUUAUGUCGUGGACGCUGGUAAAGUCAAGGAAAUGAGUUAUGACUCGAUGGUGGGUGUGUCUUGCCUACGUGCAGUGUGGAUAUCUCAGGCAUCUAGUCAACAGCGUCGAGGGCGGGCAGGAAGGUGUCAGCCCGGCAUCUGCUACCACCUGUUCUCCCGCAGCAGAUACAGCUCCCUGCAGCCUCAUCAGACACCUGAAAUUCUAAGAACUCCUUUACAGGAGUUGUGUCUACAUACUAAACUUCUAGCACCAGCCAACAUGCCCAUAGCAGACUUCCUGGCACGGGCGCCCGAGGCUCCUGCGUUUAUGGUCAUCCGUAAUGCAGUUCAGUUACUCAAGAGUAUGGAUGCUCUGGAUGGUUGGGAGGACGUGACUGAGCUGGGUCACCACCUACUGGACCUGCCAUUACCGCCUCGCCUGGCUAAGAUGGUCAUCACAGCUACGGUGCUCAAGUGUCUCGAUCCCGUCCUGACAGUUGCUGCUUGUUUAGCUUACAAAGAUCCUUUUACACUACCAAAGCAUCCCAGUGAGAAGAGAAAUGCCAGUGCAGUGCGGAGAAAAUUUACCUCAGGGACGUUCAGCGACCACAUGGUUCUUCUGAAGGCGUUCCAGGCAUGGCAGAAGGCUUGUGGUGAAGGCUGGGAGCGUGGAUGGUGUGAUCGUAACUAUGUGUCUGGGGCGACCAUGGAGAUGAUCCACGGGAUGCGGUCCCAGGUGCUGGCUCAGCUGCGGGGAGCUGGAUUUGUUCGUGCCCGGGGACCUGGUGAUAUCAGAGAUGUGAAUAGCAACAGUGACAACUGGGCCAUGGUCAAAGCUGCUCUGGUAUCAGGAAUGUACCCCAACCUAAUAAGGGUUGAUCGUGACCAGUGCCAGUUGAGAACACAAAAGGAAAGUAAGGUGAGGUUGCAUCCUACGUCGUCUCUCUUAGAUGCUGCUAAUAAUAACCAAGGCUCACUCAGUGUUGCUCAUCGUGCCUUGGUCAGCUCUCUGCCCUCUGAUUGGUUGGUGUAUGACGAGAUGGUGCGUAUCGGAGUUGUUGCACAUGUCCGAACUGUGACGUUAGUGUCCCCCCUCACAGUCCUGCUUCUUGCUGGCCCGAUGCGACUACCUCUGGACGCCCUGUCGGAACCCUCGAGCCGAAGUAGUGGUGACUGUAGCAGUGACAGUGAGAGUGAGGACCGGCCAGUAGGUCUGAGCUGUCUGGUGAGGAUUGACAACUGGAUACAAUUCUUGGGUGACCCUCAAGCUGCCCAUCUGGCCCUACAGCUGAGGCACAAACUACACGCCCUCAUCUUGCGACGACUCAGAGCGCCCAACAAGCCUCUCACUCAGGCUGAUGAGGACGUGGUGCGAGUAGUAGCCUCGGCCCUGAGCCAGGAGGAACAAGCACUGAGUCUCGUCCAGCCAUCUGGUGUUGGCCAGCGCCCUCGACCCCUCUACCCUCACAGUCACCCGCACGAGGGUGGUUGGUCCGGAGGAACUUCAGAAGACUCCCAGUCCAGUAGAUCUUCCUCACGUCGAACCAGUGAUGCAGCCACGCCUCCUGUAGGAAUACCUCAUCCCUCAACAAAGUUUUCAGGUAACUCAAGCACGGCAUCCAAGUCCGGGUCAACGGGGACCAUGUCAAUGAGCAGCCCUUCCUGUGUCUCCAGCAACACAGCCAGCGGCUUCUCCAACACUGGCCCUUGUGCCAUGUUCCCCUCCAGCUCCAGUACCACUGGUGGGGGAUUCUCCAACACAAGUCACGGUUCUUCAAACAUCUUUACCUCUAACACGGGAAAUAAGUCGAGCUCAAACACCACCACGACCACCACUACUACUUAUAGGUCAUUUCAGAGCAUAAAUUCUGGUGGUAUGAACAACCAGAGUGCAAAUACAAAUACUUUUCUCAACAACAGCCUAUCUCAAGGUACAUCAGGCACCAACAGAACCUCCAUGGCAACACCGUCCUCAGUCACUACGCCAGUUAAAACUACCCUCUCUGCCAGUGGUGGAGCAAGUAAACCAGGAAACAAGGACUCAAAAGGAACUUACAAUAGCAAGAUGAUGAGCAGCAACAGUGGGGGUGCUGAGGGAGGAGGGAACAGCUGCAUCGGCAAGCCCAGGUAUUUCAUCAUCAAGGCGUCCAUGUACAAGCAGUUGGAGGCAUCGCACCACACGUCCAUCUGGGCCUUCACUCACAACACAGAAAAGAAAAUCAUGCAAGCUUUUCAGACCGGUCCUGUUAUUUUAGUGUUUACAUUACACAGAGGAGGACAGUUUAAUGGUUAUGCUCGCUUUACUGGAGAAAAGACCGAUGAAAAGUGUCCAGACAUAACCAAUGUUGGGCCCACUCUUGGACCCCUGUACAAAAUUGACUGGGUGAAGAAAUGGAACAUAGGCUUCCACCAAACCCGAAGACUCUACAACCCUUACAACGAGAACAUGCAAGUUCACCUGAGUAGAGAUGGCCAGGAGGUGGAAAUAGGUGUUGGGGAACAGCUGAUUCGACUCUGGGAGAAGAAUGGCGGAGGUGGUAACAGUAGUGGAGGAGGCGGGGGUAACUACAAAGGAUCAAAUACGUACCUGGUGGGUAGCGGUGGUCCCCCUAUGAUGCACGAGCCGCAGGGACCACCACCGCCCAGACACCCGCUACACCCCUCACAUAUGGGAGCCGUCCACUCGCCGUUCCAUCACCCCUUCGGAAGAAACUAUGGUAACGGGUACGGGUAUGGUGGUGGCAACGGCGGUGGUGGUGGUGGCGGCGGCGGUGGAGGUGGGGGCGGAGGAUAUCGAGGAGGCUACAGAGGCGGAUACAGACGCUAGUUUGUGAUACAUGGGUGAAUAUAGUCCUUCAGACAGCUUUAAAGAACUUACCAGUAAUGAUUACAGUUUAAGUAUAUUGACACUUGCUUCUUUGUGCAAUAUGUAAAAGGUUGUUGUGAUUGUUGCCAAAGUACUUAUAGAGUCAUUUCACAGUCCUGUGUUUGAGCCUCAGUUUGUGUGUGUGUGUGCAUGCAUGUAUGUGUGUACAUGUACACAUGCAUUUAUUUUAAGAAAGAAAAGGGGCCCCAUCCACAUUACAUUACUGACCCUUAAAAUUGUACAAAAAUUGUUGUAAAUGUAUACUGGUCAGUUGAAGGGUUCAGCAUUAGAAUGAAACUGAUUGUUAGUCUUAUAGAGACACAGUAAAUGUCUUAACACACACACACAUUAACAGAGGAAUAUUGCACCAUCUUUGAGCCCCUGAAAUGACUUUUUAAGGUUGCUUGUACAGUAUAGUAGAAUGGUAAAGAAAGUAUACGUUUUGAUAAGGUAGUGAUACUCAUGAUGAGAGUUUGAAGGCUUGCAGUACACUAGAUAAUAAAGUAUGUAAAUUUUGGUCCAAUUUGCCCCCAAUAUCUUCAUUUGAGGAGUUUAUAUCACUGUUUGAGUUUUAGGAACCAUGAUUCCUACACUCUUUUUAUCUCUCUUAAACUAUCAUGCCUCCUCCUUGAUGGUCACUGGAUCAUAUCUGUACGGCCCUUCAACCAACUUCCUUCAGAUUUUUCAACCACAUUCUUUACAUUGUGCAAUGCAGUACUUUUUCAUUUUGUAAAAGGUUAAUGGUAGAUAUUUUUUCUUUUCCUGUCCAUUUCAUCAUUUGAUUAAAAAAAUAAAUACCGGUAAUUUUCCCCCUAUAACAGUUGUCAUGCUGAAGCUCUGAUCGGAGUAAUGGUGUGUUUUUUGUUAACUUGUGAGGAGUUGAAAGUCAGAGAUUUCAAUUAGGCUUUUUAUUGGCCUUUACAGUACACCCUUGCCAACUCAGACUAAUUGGGGAGAGGGCAGUCCAAGUAGGCUGGAGUCCAUCCUUGGUUUGAGAUUUGAGGGCAAUUAGAUCUGAGAUAUGAAGAGGAGUCCAAGUCCAACCAAGGUUCAAGAAUAUGAGGGUAGUAGUCUGAGAUAGAAGGGAAAGUGUGCAUCAAAUACUUUGACAGAUUUCAAUAUGCAGUAGAGAACAAUACAUACAGUAGAUACAUUCAAGUAGCUAUUUUUUUUUAGAAAUUUAUUGAGUAUAUUGACCAGGUGAUCAUGUGUUCUGACUCGGUUACUCUCAAGAUAUUGUGAUUGGAUGACAAUGAAUUGUGUAUAGUAAACAUAUUACUAAUUAUCGAAUAUAAUGUAAAUAAGAAAAAUUAUUAGUUAAACAUAAAGAAGUAAUGAAUUGUUUAUGAAAAAACAAUGUAAAUAAGAAAAAUUAUUAGUUAAACAUAAAGAAGUAAUGAAUUGUUUAUGAAAAAACAUAAGAUAAUCAAUAUAUAAAACUUAAGGUUAUGAGGAAGAGCAAUUACAAUGGGCCCGAUAAUGGAUGCGACUUAUUUUACCUUCAUUACAUAUCCACAGAUCCACAUCAAAUCCACUAAACAUCCACAUAACAUCUACUAAACAUCCACAUCACCUCCACUAAACAUCCACAUCACCUCCACAAAACAUCCACAUCACCUCCACUAAACAUCCACAUCACCUCCACUAAACAUCCACAUAACAUCUACUAAACAUUCACAUCAUCUUAGUCCACAUCACCUCCACUACACACCCACAAAAUCUUCACUUCACAUCCACAUCAUAUCCAAUACAUCCACUUCAUCUCACACUACACAACCUGUUAGCCCACCCAUGCCACUUAUGUAUGCCAGGACUCACGAACUGUAAAUAAUUUGGGGGAAACUUUUAGAACCAUUAGGGAAACUUUGCUAUUGCACGAGCUCACCCUCCCAUUUCGGCAGUUGUCUUAGAUGGAAGGAAAGUGACCAAGGCCAACCUCCCGUCCGAGAUAAAGGGGUCCCAAGUUGAUGAGGGUUUAUUGUACUGUAUGUCUUAGUCAGUCUUACCAUGAACCAUCACAAAGGUGUUGUUGGCACCAAAAACCAUAAUUAAUACUGGGAAACAAUAUUGUCUGUAUUUUAUGAUAUUUCUUGUUAAAACAAACAAGUACUUUUAAGAUAACAGUAAUAUUUUGAGGCAAUUCUGGGUAAAAAGAUUUUUUGGAGGGGACUAUUCUGUGAUGUUCCAGAAGUACAGAAACGUGUGUCAGUGUUGGUCAAGUCUGGUCUUACAGGAACUCACACUCCAAGCAAGUUAACUCUGAUCAUUUUAUGCAUGUGUGUGUGUGUGGUUUCUCUAACUUGAGGCUGUGACCUUUAGUAUAAGAAGAUUAAUAAAGAGGUUUUUAAUAUUUCAUUUCUUAGAGAAGCAUUAAAUAUUUUUAAUGUUUCAUUAAGUACAUUUAAAUAUUUAAUAUCAAAUAAAAAGAAUUGAUUAAUAACAUAAAAUUUUCCCUGCCCACAGUAGAUGGCAGGACAGGCAGGGGCAUGAUUCAUAACACCCCAAGUUAUAUUGUUCCAUCAGGCAUCACGAGUCUGAACAACUGCAGUCCAGGAAACAGUUGUUCAGACUCAACUUUACUUUACUAUACUGUACUCUGUUUGUCUCUAAUAGGCCUGUUAGCCAUAUGCGCGGUCAGUCACGUUUAUAUUACGCACUAUCGGCCAGUACUGGGCAUAAACGGACUUGACUAUCUGAAUCUGCAUCAGUGUUGGUCAAGUCUGGUCUUAAAUGAGCUCACACUGUUACAACACCCUAUGGCAGAUUAUUCCUAGAGUUCACAACUCUUUGUCCAAAAAAGUUAGCUCUGAUAAUUUUCUGUACUUGUGGCUUCUUUAACCCUCUCACUGAGUAUUUUAAUCUGAAGAGCACUCCACAAACAAUGUCAACUCUGCCAAAAAAAUAAAAUAAAAAAUCCAGUCCCAGUUGAAGUACCUCUCUAACAUAAGCAUUUUGUUUGUUUGUUUUUCAAAACCUGAGAAUACUUUAUCCUUGAAAACCAAUGGAUUUUUUUUUUAAUCUCUGAAAAAUUUAUGGAAAUAAAUUCUUAGUUAUGAAAAACAUAAUAUAAAAUUGACUAAUGUUACUGAAAUGUGACCAAUAUGGUCCAGUUUACAUGCAAUGUAAAUUAAAUAACUCCUUAAAAUAAUUUAUAUAUAUGUUUCAGGUUAAUACUGACACAUAGAUGUUGAUUGUUCGUGAUUUGUGUCGAGGAGAACAUGCAACAUUGUACAAUCAUUUAGAUUUUAUUCAUAAAUGUGUAUGAAAAUACAUUUUACCUAUGUAUCAAUAAUGCCAUGAUAAAAAACUUGCAAAACUAAA